GCCACUACAGUGGCGCGACGUAUCAGCGGGGCGUCUGCGGGACCAAUGUCGUCACCACUGCCGGAGGGUUCGACAGGUGCCCUACAGAUAGGUGACCGUGUGCAGGUCUCGGGCAGCCGCGUAGGUACCGUCCGUUUUGUUGGGCCCACCGAUUUUGCAGUUGGUGAGUGGGUCGGCAUUGAACUGGAUGAACCCCUUGGUAAAAACGAUGGUACUGUCAUGGGACGCAGUGGAAGUCGCGAAUCAUUAUUGUCGGUGGGUUCAAACUUCAGUUCUGUUUCACGACAGAGAAGCAAACCAGGCACACAGAGUGUUGUUAAAGAAAAGGAGGCGCAUAUCGAACAACUAAUGCAGGAGUUUGAAAUGGAGAGGACAGAAUUGGCCAAAGUUACUACAGAGCGAGAGAUGUUUGAAAUGGAAGCUACUGGACAGCGCAACUUGAUUGGACAACUUCAAAGCCAAAUCGAGGAACUUCAAACGGCCGCCAUUCAUCUUUCUGAGGAGAACUGCAAGCUCAAGGAGAGAGUUCACGAAGAAGUAAAGAAGUCGGAAGAACUUCAGUUUCGUCUUGAGGAAGAGGCCAUCGAAAAAACAACGCUGGAAAACCAGAAGUCGGAUGUAGAAGAGCGCAUAUUUGAAUUGGAGGAGGCCCUGGCGGCGGCCAAAGAGACCAACGAGCGCAUGGAGUGUCAGUUAAAUGAAAAGAAUUGUCUGUCACCACCAUCGGCUACGAUUUCGACUAAUAACUCCUCAGCUGAUGAUUCUAGACUUAUAGCGGCUGAGGCGCGAAUUGCCGAAUUGAUGGCAACUCUAGUGAAGCUGCAAGAAGAGCAACUCAGUGCGGAUAUAAAAGAGCAGGCUUCUUCUAAGGAUGCUGAAAUAGCGCGACUGCAAGCACAACUAUCAAAUGUACAAGCCUCUCUCCUGAAAGCUGAGCAGGAACUUGCUGAGAAGGCCUCGACAAAUGGCAGGACGAACGAAGGAUUAAAUGAAGCGAGAGCGGCUGAAGAAGAAUUGACCUCUGCUCUGAAUCAGCAAAAGGUCCUACUCUCCGCCGAAGACGAGCGAUCAAGGAGUGAAGAGGUGAAUGAUCUUGUCAAUCAGCUCUCCGAGGCUGAAGGUAAGCUAGCUACGAUGACCAACAGGGUUGCGGAAUUGGAGAAGCAGGUCGCUGAGUUUGAAGGGUCAAGAGCCGAUCUCACCAAAGCGCAAGAGGUUAACACAUCUUCCCUCUUGCAAUCCCUCCAUCCCGACACCCUUCUCAACGAACUACAGACACGUAUCGCAAGAGAGAAGGAGGCUGCCUCUGAAGAGUCUGAUAAGUGGGCUAAACGCCUUCUCGGGCUGGCUGAGGAAUUUCGGAAGCUAAAGGGGCUGGAGCGGGAGCCUGAUGAGGCGACAGCCGAAGCUCUCCAGCAGAUGAGCAUCAAACUCCUUGAAGCUGAGGCCGAACUUGCUCAAAAGGAACUGCAAAAGACACUGAGUGAAAGAGGCGCCGAGGCGGAGACUUAUGCACAAAAUGUGGCUAGGUUGGAGAACGAACUAAACGCGGUCACGAGCGAGCGGGAUAGAAGACUGAAUGAACUUAAGGCCGCCAUCAGCUCCAAAGGAGGUUCGGGGCUUACUGAUGAGGAACUUCUUCAGCGUGUCGCGCACCUGAGACUGCACAAUCCAGAGGUCAAACGUCUUUCCGUUGACGUAAUUGCUUUCCCGUGUAAAAAAAUUAUGUACCUAACGCAUGCUUUGUGUUGCAGUGAAGAACUGGAGCGGCAGUAUGCCGCAUCUGAGGCUCGGGUUAAGUCAUUGACUUCUCAACAUUCUCAGGUUGAAGAGGAAUAUCAGGCUCUCAAGAAAUCCACCACUUCGAUAUCAUUGGUGAGAGUUAUUGCUGCUGAAUGCUCGUGUUAG